AUGGCAACCCAAGGCACACCUAGCAUCUUGUUCACCAACACUCAACCGCAGCAAGGCUUCCGACUCCUAGAAAUCCCACCCGAGCUUGAAGACCUGCUCACAUCCAAAGACGCUCCCGCACUCGAGCUCAAAUCCCCUUCCGCCGCCCUCGCACAUGCUGUAGCUGACGCCAGCGGCCAAGAAUACGUUAAUCUGUGCACACCGACGCAAACAUACCGCAUUCGCCAAGUCAUGUCCUCGAAUUCGCUGCAUAUUGUCCGACCGAGUGAAGGACAGAUCUCGAAGGCUGAUAUCAAAAUUGUCGAAGACGAAGUCGGGGAAUCUGGAGCUUUGAAUUUACCAGACGAGGCGGUCACGGCGAUUGCAAAGUGCGGGUCGACGCUGGAGCUGCACAUUCCGCCUGGUGGAUUCUCGGCGGUUCCGUUCCUGGAGAAGAGUUUGGCCUUAUAUGAUCGUCGACUUGGGGAUGAUGAUGGGGAUAUCGCUAUGGAUGAGUCUGAGGCCUUGGGACCUGAUGGCAUCAAGCGGUUGAGAGAUCAGGUCUGUGCUGAUAUCCCCGUCUCUGCGGCGCAGUGUGAGACGGGGUGGGUUGAGAUCUGUGCUUUCGUGGAUGAGAGGAUGAAGAUUUGUUGGAGGCCUAGUUUGAGAAUGAAGAUUGAGGUUUGGAAGAGGAUGGUGGAGGGGGCACUGUUGCAGGGGAUUGAUCUAGAGAAACAGUUUCUUAUUGGCGAUUUGUGGAAGGCUGUUCUUGAUGAUGAUGAAUCGGAGCCGUUCCCGAGAGGGUUGCUUGAGGGUGUGGUGAGGAGGUUGUGUGUGCCGGAUGAAAGGCCAGUGUUGGCUGAUGAGAUCAAAUGUGAGUUUGUGAACUGGGUGUCUCAUUUAAAUGCUUCUGAUCUGAUUUUUGAUAAGGCAAGCUUUGAUAAAACGGAUGUUACGAAAUGGCUAGGCGAGACCUAUCUUGCUUCAAUCGCCCCUACGGCGUCUUCUGCCGUUGGACGCAGUGAGUUCCUGCGGAGUUGGAAGGAUUGUCUUCCUGAAGCAUGGAGAGGUGAAGCUACUCUUUCCAAACUGCCAGAUGGAUGCUACAGGAGUCCUGAUCCUACGACAAUCUUCUAUGUUGAGCCCUCGCAAAGGCAACACGUUAGCAAAUCCUCGACUGCUGCGUCCUCGACCGCCGCCAAAGCGAAGACUACAAGGAACUGGCACGAAUUGCUCAAAAAUUCAAGUCGCCGCUGA